AUGCCUCGGAUACGCAAAAAGACGAGCAAGCGGCAGUCGAUCGCCAAGCGGGAGAGGGUAAAGAAGCAGGUCAAGGAGUCGAGGAAGAAGAAGACCAAGGAGGCCAAGAAGAACCCGCAGUGGAAGAGCAAGCACAAGAAGGACCCUGGCAUCCCGAACAACUUCCCGUACAAGGACCAGAUCCUUGCCGAAGUUGCGGAGCAGCGUCGUUUGGCUGCGGAGGAGAAGCAGAGGCGCAAGGACGAGAAGAAGGCCGCCAAGGCGCAGGCGGCAGACGGCUCGGACGCCGAGGACGAUGAGGCUGCGUUCGACGGCGUCAAGGCCAUCGCUGGCCGUCGUGCUCUGGAGGCAGAGGCGGAGGAGGGGGGCGAUGCGGACGAGGAGAUGGCGGAGGAGGGGGAGGGGGACGACGUCCCGGUGCUCAUCAACCCGGACCUGCCGAACCUCAAGGUCGUGCUUGACGCCGCGGACGUGGUCGUCGAGGUCCUGGACGCGCGGGACCCGCUGGCGGCCAGGAGCGCGCAUGUCGAGGAGGUCGCGAAGGAUCUGGGGAAGAGGGUGCUGCUGGUGCUCAACAAAGUUGACGCGUGCCCAAGAGAGGCCGUUGAGGCGUGGGCUACGACACUCAGGCGGGAACAUCCUACUGUGCUGUUCAGGUCGUCCUCCGCGUGUCUGCCCGUAUCGCCUGCGGAUGCCGGGAGCGCGAGGGUGAAAGGGAAGGGCAAGGAGCGGGAGCGGGCAGACGACGCGUGGGGCUUGGACUCCCUCACCGCUCUGCUCCAGCAAUGGGCAAAGGAGAAAGCCGGCGACGGACCGCUCACGCUUGCUGUGGUUGGCGUGACGAACGUCGGCAAGACCGCGUUCGUCAACUCGCUCUUGCGCAAGGCUGCGCUGCAGACGUACAAGCUCACGUCGUCCGCGACGGACUUCUCUCCUACGACUACGACACAUCCCCAGGAAGUCAGCAUCGACCUCGAGGAUGGGGAGUCGCUUCGUGUCAUCGACACUCCUGGGCUUCUGUGGCAUCAUGUGGAGGAUUUGCCUGACGAGGAGGCGGCUCGGAUACGUGCCCGCGACAUUCUCCUACGGAACAGAGGUCAUAUCGAGAGGCUGAAGGAUCCCUACGCAGUUAUGUCGGAGCUUGUCUCCCGCUCCAGCAGGGAGGACCUCAUGCUCCUGUAUAACCUGCCCAUCUUCGUCGAGGGAGACGCCAACGCGUUUCUCGCCAGCGUUGCUCGUGCAAAUAACUACAUCAAGAAGAAGGGCAACCUUGACCUCGCGGGCGCAGCCCGCACAGUGCUCCGCGACUGGAGUCAUGGCAAGUUCGCCCGCUACACCGUCCCUUCCGCUGCGCAAUCGCCCGACUCUGCGCCACAAGCCGAGAAGUCCCUCGAGGACGCCUACGCCAAAGACGAGUCCGUCCUCUCCAAGCUCGCCACCCGCAAAGAGCUACGCAAGGCUGGCGGACUCGUCAAGCUCCGCGCUGGCGAGGUCGACACGCGCCGGGUCGUGCUUGACGCGGGAUACUUCGUCUCGUCGUCGGACGACGGUAUGGACGGCGACGAGGAGGACGGCGGCGCGGUCGACGACGCGGACGAGGUCGGGCUUGAAGGUGAGGAGAGCGACGAGGGUGACUACGUCAGCGACGAGGUAGAGGACAGCGACGAAGAGGACGAUGAAGACGAAGAGGACGAGGACGAAGGUGUAGACGAGCUCGAGUCUCCGCCUCCCCGCGGCAAGCGGAAACGAAUCCUGUCGAAGGCCCCCGCUCGUCCCGCCAAAAGGGUCGCGUUCGCGGUAGAGCCUAAAAACACAAAGCAGGCUCGAUCUGCUGCCGGUGCGAAGGGUGCUGUCACUGCUGCCUCUAAGGCACAGUUGAAAGCGAGAAAGCCUAAGCUCGAACCCAAGGCUGCCAAAAAGGCCGUGAAGGCUGCUGCGACGAACGCCGCGCCUGCGAAGAAGGUUGCGAACGCUGCAUCGUCCAAGAAGAGUGCCGCGUCGUCGCCAAAGGAUGGCGAGGCUGCGUAUGACUUCAAGCAGUUCUUUUAGGCCUUCCGUCUGUCACUCUGGAGUGGGACAGCAUGUGCUCCGCGGUAUAUGAUGUAGUUCUUCCGUUGUCAUUAUUCUUGCAAUGUAAGAGCAUGGUUCUGUCAUCGGGUUGACUGUAGACACAAAUUGAGGAGGCAGAAUUGUACAACAUCUUUGCUAUCAGGUACUCGGGGAUGCGUGAAUGCGUAUGAAGGUAUCUAUGAGAGGAUGGCCCGGAAAUUACAAAUGUAGCAAAAUACACAACGACCUGGAUAUAGGAGAUUCUUUUGAAAAAGACAGUGAUCAAUUCUACGUAGUACGGGAUACACAAGCACCGUCCCUAUAUCAAUGAACGAUCGAGCAGCAGAGUCCACCGCAGAGAACGCGAAGCGCACGAUAAGAGAGGAAAUAAAACUAACCGAACAGAGCACCGUACGCAGCCCAGCCAGAGGACCACGCCCAGCCUCGAACCGCCUCUCCCUCGAGGGCUACCCGACGAUGCGGACAGCGCACGUCCCGCCGUCCGCCAACACGCCCAGCGGGCCGACGAUCCCCCGCCUGAACACCUCCGCGGCCUUCUCGAACGGCACGACCUUGCCCGCCUCCUCCUCCUCGCCCUCCGCGUUCACGCACGGCGGCCGCAGCCACCCGCUCUCGGCCAUGCGCACGACGGCGCCCAGCGAGUCGCGCACGUCCUCGCCCUCCAUGUCCACGUCCGCCGCGACGCUCACCCACGCGUACCCGACGACGCGCUUCUCGCGCUUGUGCGCCCCGCGGGUGAGCACGGCGGGCGAGGGCUUGGCCGUCGUCGACGUCGAGCGGCGGAGCGAGCGGAGGCCGCCCCGGAGGUUGUCCUGCGCGGUCGGGAUCGGGCGGUGGGGCGUGUCGCCGACGAGGGUCGUGAACUGCGCGUGGGUGAUGACGCUCUUGCUCUUGCUCUUGCUCCGGGAGAGCUUCGCGGACUGCUCUACGUUAGACUUCAUCGCCGCGGGGUCCGCGCCCAGGUCGACGUCGAGCGAGGCGUUGCGCGAGUCCCCGCGCCCAAGGGAGAGCGACGAGCGCGAGGCGGCGGCGGUCCAGUCCAUCGUGAGCAGCUUCUGCGACGACUCCCAGACAGCGACGCCGCCGACGGUGUCGAGGACCAUGUCGAACGACUGGCCGUCCUCCGCGAGCUGCCGGAGGACGUCGAGCGGCUCCCCGACGAAGAUGUCCUCGACGCCCCACGCGCGCAGGCGCGCCUCCGUCCGCUGCUGCUUGCUCAGCCUCGGCUUCUGGCCCUCCUUGCCCUUGCCCUUGUCCGCCGCUUUUGACGGCGACGUGCGGACGACGUCGAGCGAGAGCUUGCGCCCGUUCCCGUUCCCAUUUCCGUUCUGCGCUGGCGCCUCCGGCAGCGGCUCGUCGUCGAGCAUCGCGGACUCGGGGAUCUGCACCGCGAUGCGGACGCCGCGCUGGCCGAGCAUCUGCGCCGCGAGCGCGCCCGCUCCGUCGUGCCCUUGCAGGAUCAACGCGCGCUUGUCCGACCUGCUCGACGGAUCGGCGGACUUGCUGUGCAGCGCCGGGGCGAGGACGUCCGCAAACGUGCGGAUAGCGCGGUGCGCCGGGACCCCGCACAGCGGGAGCAGCGCGAGCUCCUCGACGGUCAGCGCAGGGGGCGCGAGGGGCGAGGGCGCGUACGCCUGCCCGUCGACGGGCAGCGAGGUGCUCCGGAGGUGCCGGCGGCGUGGCGGGGGGAAGAGCGCAGGCGUGCGCGGGCGGGGUUGCGGCGCGCGGCACACACGAUGUCGCUCGACGAGGAUGAACUCUGCGAGCGCGCCGCA